CUCGAGUGUGACACCUAAGCCAUCUGAAUUUUACAUGAUUACAAUUCGCAACCGAUGUCCGCGUUAUCAGUCCUAUCCCAUUCCUUUGUUCUAGCUUAGCAAACGAUGUAUUCAAUAUCGCAAAAUACAAUUUUGCUUUUCCUUUGUGUGGAAAGUUCGGUCGGGGUCAUAAUCACUUCCCAAUCAAAACAAAACCACUUCCCGACUCAGUCCCCCAACUACGCAAAUCCCCGGACUUUCUUCAGGGAUGGCGAGCUGGUUUGGUGUCCUGAAGGAUAUCUCUUCGACGCAAAACAACUAUUUUGUGUGAAACAAGAAAUCCAAUCAAAAGAGACAUCAGUACUGAAGCCUAAUCCUGAAAACUGCGGAACAUUCUUCAGCUGUGACGGCAUUCAUUGCCACUUCAUGAAGUGCCCCUCAGGCCUCACUUUCAACGAUGCCAAAAAAUAUUGCGAUUAUCCGCAAGAAGCCAACUGUUGUGAAUAUAAAGCAAAAAAUCCCGAUGUGCUCAUCCCGCCGGAAUUUUCUCAACCAAGCAAUGUUUAGUGGAGUGAUUUAUUUGUAUUUAGUGCCCAAUAAGUAAAUACAAACUUGCAAAAGUGA